CAACAUGGUCAGGCCAGAGGAAAGGGGUUUUAAGAGGCCUAUUGACAUCCUCCGGUUUGACCUGCCAGUCUUUUUACCAUACGAUGAUCCAGCAGACCGACUGUUGGUAGAUUCGAUGAUUUCAUUCAUCGAUGCAAUCAAAACCGAAACGAGUCAACCCUUCAUCUCAGGAGACCAGCUCUCCAGAAUCCACGAGAUCUUGAGCGAUUUCUCUGGCCAAUUUAUCGCUCGGAAACGGAAGGAAGCCACGACCAAGAUCCGGAAACCUGCAUCUGCAAGACCAGACCCUCAGACUCAAAAGAUCCCUCACAUUCACAACUCAAGUAGAAAGUGGCGCCAGAAAAACAUGCAAAACCUUUCGGUAAACCGCUUGAUGUCAAAAAGACAUCUCUGGUAUAAGUUCUGGAACAAGAGGACUGGCAUAGACCUUCAAGAUGCCGCUACUGAUAUGAGUGUACAGGUCACAUUCAAACGAGAUCUUACCAUCCUCUUAUUUUAUGUUGACAUGAUUGGAAUCCUAUUCCAACAACCGCAACUUGACUCGGAUAUCCACAAAGAUAUAAACCACACUCUUCUUCGACAAGCACUGGGCAUAGCUUACACAGAUGCUCCAAAGAAAGGGGCAUGCAAGUCCAAACCCAAUGAAAUCUGCAAUGUCAAUUCUAAUCUCAACAGGAAGAAGAAGUCGUACCAAGAUGGUAAAAUUGAAAAGAACACCAAGGUGUUCUUCAAUAAUCUUUUUCAUUAUUCAAUAGAAAAUUUGAAUCAACGACUAGAAAAGUACAAAUACUUAUACAAUUGAUCAUUUUAUCAGAAAAGAAGGUAUACUAGGACGGUUCACAUUUCAAUGAAUCUUGUGUUGACUUCAAAUGAACUUCUGUUCUGUUGAUUUGUCACAGUAGUGUUAAUUUCAUAACCUCCAGUACA